AUGCAUUCUGUUGAAUCCUAUUCGCUUCCUUCAUCGUUGAGAUACAUCAAUGGCAAUGCUUCUGAAUUUGGUUGUUUUAGAGGUUUUUCAGGAAAUGAAUUGAGAUUUAACGAAGGAUUAUUAUCCAUUGGUCCAUGCGCUUGCAUUUAUAUAAGAUGUCAUUAUGUUUACUUACCAUCAUCUCUCAUAGAAUUGGAUUCGAGUGUACUUAGAUGCAAUGAUAAUUUGAUAGAGAUUUUUACUGGUCAAUUGAAUGCUUGCGUGGUAGUCAACAAAGCAUUACUUAGUUAUGAUCAAACUCUCUUGUAUGCUUUCCCUUCUCUUAUAAGUGGGACUUAUUAUGUUCCUAACACUGUACAAAUUAUUUGCACAGACGCUUUCUGCUAUUCAAUGUUGAAUGAAAUAAUCCUUCCUGAUUCAUGCACUGAAUUAGAAACACUGGCUUUUUUCCAUUUGAGAAACCUAGUUUUUAUGAAAAUCCCAAAGAGUGUCGUCAAAGUUCAUGAUGAUUCCAUCAAUGACUGUCCAAAUUUGAGAAAUUUAACAAUUGAAAUGGAGAGAAUCCCAAAACUUCAUUAUCAAUCUGUGGAAAUCAUGACUCUCGGAAAUGAAACAAAAGUCAUAGAAGAUUAUGCUCUAAUCAAUGCUGUUAAUUUGCAAUCAAUUAUCAUUCCACCUUCAGUUGUAAAGAUUGGGGCAGAAGCCUUUCGUGGCUUAAAGAAACUCAGAUGUGUAAGAAUAUAUGGCCAGCCUUCUAUUGGCUCGUCAGCUUUCAAAGACACUAGAAUUUCUUGUGGUAUUGACUGCUAUUCUUCUCUGAUCGAUCCUCUCAUGAUCUCGGGUGUGAAUAGUAAGUCAUUUAAUUAUUGCUGUAUGACUGCUGUCGUUCAAAAUGCAGUAUGCUUCAGAUCCCUAUUAGAUUUUCAAUGUUUAGUUUUUAAUAUAGUUUAA